GAAGCUGCUCAGCUCCCCAAACACACCAGCUACCAGUUUGAAUGAAAACAGCAAGUAUAAUUCAUCUUGGGAAGUGAAGGAAGGCAUGGUUUGAAUGUCUCUCACUGGAUGAAGAUUGAAGAAACAUCAACGGCUAAGGAAUUAAUGGAAAGGUGCAGAAACUCUGCCGCUUAACUGCAAAGCUCCUAUUGUUUGGUUGUGAAAAUCUGCACUCUGUCAUCAGAUCUGAUACCAUGUGACUUGCCCUCAAGCUAUUAUGAUUUGUCAGCUAGAUGCACUGGGCUCCACCUACUCGAGAUGAUGGGCAUUCAUGAGCGAGGCUAAUACUGCACAAUGAUUUGACAGCAGGGCUGGCACAGUGCCUGCUUUACAUCUCUGGAUUUAGCAGCCUAACGCAACAAGGAUAUAAGCAGCUUAUUGAGAAACAAACACGCUGCUGUGGAGGAAGUGGAAUUUGAAAGAGAGUGCAUUAACUGUCUUGAGGAAACCUGUGUGCACUGUGUGGUUAGCUGGGAGCUGAUUUGUUCUGCUCGGGGUAACUACAGGACGAAAGUAUUUUCCAGUCUGUAGUAGUAUCACGAGUAGACGCAGACAAAUGUGACUGCUGAGUCUCAAAGCCCUGUGUGAGAGCAGCUCUUAAUUGCAGAGUGAGAGAGUGAAUGAUUUUUGUUUUUGCAGACUUUUGGUGCUCAUGUUUGACUAACAAUGGGAGGGAACCUAGGCUGCCACCGUUCAAUCCCCAAAGAUCCAUUGGAGAUAGGCCAGAAUCGCAAGUUCAGUGCAGCAUGUAACUUCAGCAAUAUUCUGGUGAAUCAGGAGCGACUCAACAUCAACACAGCUACCGAAGAGGAGCUUAUGACCCUCCCAGGGGUGAACCGGAUGGUGGCCCAGAACAUUGUGGAGUACCGGGAGUGUAUCGGCGGGUUUAAAAAAGUUGAGGAUUUGGCACUGGUGAGUGGUAUUGGUGCUGCCAGGUUGGAGCAGGUUAAGCUGGAGAUCUGUGUGUCAAACAGUAAAAGCAUUGGCUCAGCUCAGCACUCUCCCAGCUCCACGCGAAAGGAUCCCUACUCUGAAACACUUUCCUCUGCCAGUAGGAUCAACGUUAACACUGCUACAGUGUCCCAGCUGAUGAACCUGCAGGGGAUCAGCGACCGAAUUGCACGAGGUAUUGUGAGUUACCGGAAAGAGUGCGGACCGUUCGAAACUGUUGAUGACCUGCUGAAAGUAACGUCUGUCAGCUCGUCGAUCCUGGAUACAGUCCGGCCUCGGAUUGUUGCAGAGUGUUCACGGCCCACGUCCACCCACACGGCCAAUGGUGGCAUCGAUUUCACAGCCAAGCCUCGGCCUAGCCCCACUUCACUCAGCCUGCAGAGUGAGGACCUGGACCUUCCUCCUGGUGGGCCAACUCAGAUCAUCUCAACACGGCCAAACGUGGAGGUUUUUAGCGGACUGAGAGAUGGUGAGCGUGUCCUGAGGCUGGCCACUUGGAAUCUGCAGGACUGCUCAAUCGAAAAGGCCAAUAACCCUGGGGUGAGAGAGGUGGUGUGCAUGAGCCUUCUGGAGAACAG